GUGGUUACUAUAGACAUACAAUACAUACCGUGCUCUGCAAGGACAUGACACUGGCCUGUCUGACUUCCUAUUUGUGGCUCUGCCGGAUUGGAUGACGCCGAUCGAACAAUGAAAUCACCAAGCUGACACAAACUUGGGCUGUGUAGAGUUUGUGUAUGCAGAGCUGUGAAGAGUCAGCCAUGAAAAUGAGAGCAUUGCCUACCCUGAUCACUGCUCUGACAGCCUUUACUGCCUACUAUGUGUACAGCCCACUCCCCAGCACCUUAUCAGAGCCCUGGAAACUCAUGAUGCUGGAUGCCACCUUCAGAUGUGCCCAGGAUCUGAGCAACUGGGCACAUUAUUUUGGUCUCAGUCACCAUUUGCGAGUCUUGAACUUCAUUUCAAAUUACUUUGAUCAAGUGGAUCCUGUAUCAUCUACAAAUAUAAAAGUCACAGACACCGUGUUUGAUGGUGUGGAGGUCAGAAUCUUUGAGCCGAAUACAGGACCUGGUGGGGCAUUAAGACGCCUCAUUAUUUACAUCCAUGGCGGAGGAUGGGCUCUUGGAAGUGCAAGAGCAAGGUCCUAUGACACUCUGUGCCGGAGGUUUUCUGAAGAUGUGAAUGCCGUUGUUGUUUCUAUCGAAUACAGGCUGGUACCAAAUGUUCAUUUUCCAGAGCAAGUGAAUGAUGUCUAUGCUGCCACAAAAUAUUUACUGCUGCCAGAGGUGCUUGGAAGGUACUCUAUUGAUCCAGAAAGGAUUGCAAUAUCGGGAGAUAGCGCUGGAGGAAACCUGGCUGCUGCUCUGUGCCAGCAGAUUACUGGAGAUCCAAGUGUAACCACCAAAGUAAAACUGCAAGCUUUAAUCUAUCCCGUACUUCAGAUACUGGAUUUCAACACUCCUUCUUAUCAGCAAAACACAGACAUGCCAAUACUGUCUCGAUUUGUGAUGAUUAAGUUUUGGCUGGACUACCUGAAUGGAAGUCAUGUCUUUGCCCACGCAAUGCUGGUUAAUAAUCAUACAUCUUUGGACAUAAGUGAAUCUGUUGCACUACGGAACCGAUUGAAUUGGGAUUCAUUACUACCGGCAUCAUUCAAAAAGGACUACAAACCUAUAUUUCAGACAGUAGGUAGUCCAAGUGUUGUACAUAAUGUACCUGCUUUACUUGACAUCAGAGCCUCUCCACUGAUUGCACAUAAGGAAACACUCCAGCGGCUUCCAAAGACCUAUGUCCUGACCUGUGAACAUGAUGUCCUCCGGGAUGACGGGACCAUGUAUGCGAAAAGGCUGGAGGAAGCAGGAGUUGAUGUUACUCAUGACCAUUAUGAAGAUGGCUUCCAUGGCUGUAUACUGUUUGCUUCUUGGCCUACAUAUUUUUCAGCCGGUGCUAGAGCAAGAGAUGGUUAUAUUAAAUGGCUCAGAGAGAACCUAUAAUGUACAGUAGUGGAAUCAUUUGGUUAUCUUCCAAUUCAGGUUCAAACAUGUUACAUGGUGUUUCCACUUUAAUACCAAAUAGCUGUUACCUUUUUAGUAUUCGAAUGGUAAAUUACCACUGCAUGUUUUCUAACGUGCAAUAUCGUAUACAUUCAGUCAAACGCACAAAAGCUAAACUGGAAAAUGUAAUCCUAAAAAACGUUGUCACCUGGCAUAUGCACAUUGUACAUAGCUGGUCAUAGGCUUCCCGAUUAUGAAACUUGAUUCACCAGAUGGUGGUAAGAUUUACUUAACUGGAAGUAGAUACCCUUGUGAAAAAAUUCUGAAGUAGUUUAUCUGGCAUAGCAAACUACACAGGUAUGUGGGUAUCCAAUGUUAUAUAAGGAAAUAAGCUUUUCUGUCAUUAACGAGUCUGUAUACUUACAGUAGAACACAAAAUUGAUCAUACAAAAGACUUUGAGUAACCUCUACAGGAAUUCUGAGAUUUUGACUUAAUACUAAUUCAUAUAUUAAAGUGGAGUUCCACCCAAAAAUGCUUCCGCUUUUCGGAACCCCCCCCCCCUCCGGUGUCACAUUUGGGGGGAGGGGGGUGCAGAUAGGUACAGGUAUUUGCACCCACUUCCAGGCAUAGACUCCAGUGAGAUUCACGCCACUUCGACCCCCCCGCUGUCUCCUGGGAAACACACUAUUCCCAGGAGAGAGCGGGGAACAGUGAGGGUGCGCCGCACUACUCGCGCAUGUGCAGUAGGUAACCGGGCAGUGAAACAGCAAAGCUUCACUUCCUGAUUCCCUCACCGUGGAUGCCG